AUGUCGCGCGGAACGACCCGCAGUUGGAGGCCUGUGCCUUUGGCUGGCCCUGUGGAUGAAGAUGAUGGUGCUGCCCCCGGGCAGACGGCGGCAGCUGGACCGGCUCAUGAAGAAGCACCGGCGGGAGGCGGCCACGAUGAUGAUGAUCUUGCCGAACCCGAGGAGCCGGUCGACCCGUGGAGCGACUACCUGAGAGAUCGCGGCACCGAGGGCCGAGGCUGGCGAAGCAGAGCACGCUCCGGCUUCCACGUGGCAAGCAUCCGGAACACCACGGCUCUGGACAAAGGCUUCUGGGUGGGCUCGCAUGGCAGCGUCACCCCGCAUGCUCGCAGUGAUGGCGGGCAGGACGACAAGGGCAAGCCCACGGAGAAGCUUAUGGUGCCAGAGUACGACGGCGAGGGCGGCAGCGACGCGGAAGUGGGCCGAGAAGCCCGGUCGUACAUCCGGCGGGUUCAGGUGUGGCGGCGCUGUACCAAGCUUCCUCCUCGACAGCAAGCCCUUGCCCUUUACACCGCCUUGAAGGGCAAAGCGUGGAUCUAUGCGGAGGAGCUCAGUGUGGACCUCUUGGCUUCCGAGCGCGGUAUGGACUAUUUCCUCGAGUGGAUUCAGACGCGCUUUAUGGAAGCCGAAGUGUCGAAGGUGUCCUGCGUCAUGGCGGAACUCUUCAAGAAGUGCAAAAAGAAGCCAGAGCAGAGCGUCAGGGACUUUAAUGUCGAAUUUGAACGGCUAGUUCUGCGACUGCACGAACUACACUGCGAACUCCCUGCCCUAGUCAAGGCGUGGUUGUAUGUUGACAAACUUAGACUCAGCGAGGCCGAGGAGCUCACUUUGUUGUCUUCUGUCAACAACGAGUACGACGUCCGGCGCCUGCAGCAAGCCGCCCUCAUACAAGACAGAGGCCUGAGGCGCUCGGGUCAGCAGGCAGAGGCCGGGCAGCCCAAGGGAGUCCUCCGACGAUGGGGCCCCAGGCCGGCUUGGCGGCGAGCACCCGACGACGAGGUUGUCGACAAGGAGGUGGCGGCGCAGUGUUAUUCGGCAUACAUGGCCUACCAGUCGGCCAAGGACCGCUAUAGGGAGGCCAUCCGCGGGAGAGGCGUCGACCAGGACGCGGUGCGACAUAGGAACGAACAGCGGCUCAAGGAAGCCAAGGCUCGGAGCUACUGCUCCGUUUGCAAGCGGAGAGGCCACUGGCACAAGGACCCGGAGUGCCCUUUGCGUGGGAAGGUGCCGGCCAAGGGCGACAGCGAGCGAGGACCGGAGAAGACCCAGCACGCACAGAUGUGCAACCAGGUCUUCAUGUGCGGUGGGGCCGACGACUGCCCAGGUGUCGUGCUGAAGGACUUGCUCGAGAACGGCCCCCGGGACACCACCGACGGCACGAGUGUGGGCGAGCGCGGGUGCAGCCAGGGAGCUUGGAUGAUGGCGGCCGGUGCUAGCGGCGGCGGUGACGGCGAGAAGGGCAUGACGGCCAUCGUGGACACGGCUUGCACCCGCUCGGUGGCAGGCCACGCGUGGUUCGAGCAGUACUGUCAGUUCCUUGAGAAGGUCGGGCCCGGACUUCAGCCGAAGAUCGUCGAGUCGGCCGACCAGUUUCGCUUCGGAGCCUCCCGUGUGCAUACUUCAAAGUUGUCCGUAGAUGCUUGGUUUGCAACCCAAGGCCGGCCCUACGUCGUGAAUGUUGCUAUUGUGCCUUGUAGGGUCCCUCUUUUGUUCAGCCGGCCGGUCUUGGCAAGCCUUGGGGCCUGCUAUGACGUAGCAGCCCAGCAGGUCGAUUUUGUGAAGCUCGGUCUGAGCAAGGUGCCCAUGCUCACAGGAGACACAGGUCAUCCGGUGAUACCGGUGGACCAAUUUUGUGAUGGGCGGGUGCCUGAGCUUAGGAUCCCAGACUUCGUGGACGCAUGGAUCCCUUCCGCUAUGCCCGAGUACAAGUCGGUUUGCGCUGUGUCGGCUCCGCCUCAACCAGCAGCCCGGGACGGGAUCUUCUACCCAAAGAAGCUGGACGCCUUGCUCGAGGAGUUGGCCGGGACACGUCGCACAGAAGCAAUUUGCCAAGCGGCCACCACGGCCACUCAAAUUCGAACAUCCUCGGAGCCUCCCGGUGAAUGGCCCGCGCACUGCCUUCGCCGGAAGGACGAGAUCCUGGAGGAACUCGGCAGCUACGAUGUCCUGGUGCACCCCAAGUGGUGUGUGCCGGAGCUGCGCGACAUCCUCAUAGAGCAGCGCCAGAUCCACGGCAUCCCGAAGGCGAACGCCGCGGACCCCAUGAAGGGCAUCUCCAAGAUGACGCUGGAGGAGCUGACCAACGAGGCCCAACGGCAGAACCUGACGCUGCCCACCAAGCCGACCAAGGGGGCAUUGAUGAGGAUGCUGAGGGACUCCAAGGCGACGGAGGGAGACACCAUCGUUCGUUUCGGGAAGUACAAGACGUGGUACUACAAGGAGCUCCCUCACGGGUACCUUCGCUGGGACCCGAAGGACCCCGCGAAGGAGAAGAAGGAGGCCCGUUUCGACCCCGAGGCCCAGGCCAAGAACCCACCGCCGAAGAUGACAGCGAGACGGGACCCGGGCACCAGUUCGGACGGAUCCUGGGCGACGGUCGGGGCGAAGCCCUUUCGGCCCAUGGACCGCGGAGGACGGCAGAGCCGGCUGCGGGAGGACAGCCCCAGCAGCAUGGACGACGAGCCCAGCGGCGAGGCAAUGAUCGAGAUCGCCGCGAUCGAGGCCAAGCUGGCGGCGCUCAAGCAGAAGCACGGGGGCGGCUACCACACGGCCUAUGUGACGCUCAAUGACGUCGACCUCGAGGAGAGCGAGGGCGAAGCCCCUAGGCCAAGGACCAAAGCAGAAGCCCGGCAGCAAGCAGUGGAAGGGAUUCGCCGAAAGUGCCGGGACAGGCCGCUGAGAGAGAAGCUGUUUGGCGGAGCCCGGACGCUCGUGGGUGCAUUGGGCGUCUGGUUGGUGAUGAUGCAGAGCGUCGUGGCCGAGCCCAUCAAAGACGCCUGGGCUGUGAUGCAGCCGCGCCACCACCACCCCGAGGACGACCAGCGGGCAGACUUCUUGGAACUCUUUGGCGGGAGGUCGCCCCGGCUGUCCGAAGGAUUCGCCAAGCGCCGGCGAAAAGUGCUGAUGCCUCGUGACCCUCUACAUGGACACGACCUUUGCAACAUGGCAGUGCAGGACGAGAUCCUGCGGGAGAUCGGGGAAGAGCGGCCCAAGGUGAUCUGGAUGUCGCCGCCCGUCCUCCACGAGACCAGGCGCAACCGGGGGCACGGCGAGAACAACCAGGCCCAACGGAGAGACCGAAAGCGGGAGAACGUCAUUAUGGAUUUUCUCCGAAGGGAGCCUGGCCUGCUGCAUUUGGAACAGGCGGUGACGCUGCUGGCGUCCCGAGCUUCCGCGACCUUGGGAAGACAUGCUCCGGGGGGGGCCUUGGAUUGGAAGCCGAAGGAGCCGAAGUUCAGCCAGCCGACCCAGUUCCGGAAGGAGCCCGGCGAUCAGCUUCAAGGGGCGAGUCAACGACAAGGUGGCCAGCACUUUGCGGAGGAUCCACCAGUCCGGCCGCCCAAGGUGGCACACCCAGCUGCCUACCUCGACCUCAACGAGAUGGCUUUCACGACAGGCUGGUUGCGCUGGGCGGGAGCUCCCAAGAUGGUGCUUGCCGACCUCGAGGUGAGCAUGCGGUGCUCUGCGGGGCAAGCCCAUUGGCAGAACGGCGUGGCAGAGCGGCACGGCGCAUCCUGGAAGGCCAUCUGGGACAAGGUGGUGGCCACCCAAGGGACAGUGCUAGAAGAAGCUGAGGCGACGGUGGCUGCCGUGACGGAGGCCAAGAACUCUUUGAGAAAUCACUCGGGUUUCUCUCCUCGUCAAUGGCUCUUUGGCACCAACGACCAGAGGGGCGAUGACUACGAGGCGGUGCCAGGCGGGUCUGGUGACCCACAUGACGCCACUACUCCAGGCACCAAGUUCGCCCCAUUGCAAGCCCUCAGGAUGGCAGCUAAGACCGCCUUCUUCGAGACCAAGGUCAAGGAGGCAACCAAGCGGGCCGAGAGCCACAAGCCGAGGGUCGAGAACACCCCCUAUGAGCCUGGGGAGGGCUCCAACUACUGGCUGGCUCGCGGCGGUCGAUGCCUUUUGGCGGCGCCGGAGCACCUGAGAUCUGCCGAGCACGCGGAGGUCAACGAGAUGCUGCGGGUGAAGCUCGCCUUGAACGAGGUGAAGAAGCUGCUGAAGGAGAACGACCCCGACUCCUACGAGGUUCUCGGCGAGGGCUACGACAUGGAGGUCGACGACCACGGGGACGACGUUCCCUACAACAUCAAGAAGGCCAGGCUGGAGCAGCCGAGGGAACCGGGAAGUGCACAUGGCGGUGCACAGAUCCUCGGAGAAGGGCCGCGAGAAGAGCUCAAGUGGCACGAGAUCCCGGACUCAGAGAAGGCUCUUUAUAUUGACGCGGAGGAACUCCAAUGGAAGGAGCACGUCAAGUACGAAGCGGUCCGAGAGCUCUCCUUGGAGGAGAGCGCCAGGGUGAGGCGAGAGGUCCCCGCUUCGAGGAUCCUGCGGUCUCGCUUCGCUUACAAAGACAAGAAUUACGCCAAGCGCAAGGCCGAUGCGAGCCUUCCCCCGAAGCCGAAGGCGAGGCUAUGUGUCGCAGGGCAGACCGACCCCGAUUUGGGUCAGAGGGACAUGAUGGUGGACGCGCCGACUGCCAGCCGGCACUCCAUAUUGCUGGCCUGCCAGCUGGCCCUCGAGCGGGGGUGGAAGGCAAGCAUCGGCGACAUACGCGCCGCCUUCUUGAACGGCGUCAAGGCGCCGCGCGACCUCUACUUUGAGCAGCCCCGGCGGGGCAUCCCAGGGUUGAGCCGAGGACAAUUGGUGGAAAUCCUGAAAGGAGUCUUUGGACUGAGUACGAGCCCGAAGUUGUGGUGGUUGAAGCUCUCCGAGGAGUUGCUAAGCUUGGAGCUGGAGCACUGUGGCGAGAAGCUGACCACUACGCAGCACCCAGUGGACCCGUGCGUUUUCCUGGUUCGGGGUGCUCAGUCCGGCAAGACUUUUGGCAUCAUCCUGACCCACGUCGACGACUUGAUGCUGCUCUCCGAGCCCGAGUUGCGCAAGCCGAUCCAGGAGUUGCUCAACCAGCGCUUCCCCGUCGACGGCUGGGAAGACGACGAGUUCGAGUACAUAGGGUGCGAGUACAGCUUCUCCGACGAAGAGGUGCGGAUCGGACAGCGCAGCUACACGGAGAACCGGGUCGACAGCGUCAGCCUUGAAAAGGGUGCCGCCGACUCCGACGAGGCGACCGCCGAGCAGGUGGAAGAGAACCGGACCUCAGUGGGCUCCUUGUCCUGGCUAGCCAAGCAAACCAGGCCCGACUUGCAGUUUGCCGUGGCCAAUUGCCAACGGCACCAGAACCACCCGAUCGUGAGGGACCUCAAGUACACCAACAAGGCGGUGGCCACGGCUAAGGCACGCAAGGAGGAGGCCCUGGUCUUGCGCAGGGUCGGGGAACAAAACCUCGCGAUCUGCGUCUAUCAUGACGCAGCCUGGGCCAACGUUCCCGAUGACGCCGCGAGCCCCGAGGACCAGGCUUGGCUAGGAGAGCACCAAGUGGCCUCACAGCUGGGGUACCUCGUCAUGGCCAUGGGGAAACAAGCGCUUCGCGGGGAAAGCACGCCUUUCAGCUUACUUGACUGGCGCAGCAAAGCCAGCUCCCGGGUCUGUCGCUCGACUUUCGCUGGGGAGACAAUGUCCUGCGGAGAAGGCCUGGAGUCGGCCCUCUACCUCCGGAGCCUCUUGGUCGGGAUGAUCACCGGGAAGCCCGCCACAGAAGAAGCUGCAGCAUGGCAUGUUCCGAUCCACCUCUUCACCGACUGCCGCAGCCUGUACGAUCAUGUGCACCGGGAAGGAGCCCCAAAGGCACCCACGGAAAAGCGGCUCGCCAUCGACUUGGCAGCCAUUCGGCAGACGCUGAUGCGCGAGGCUAAGAUCCAGUGGUGCCAACGCUAUGGGCACGAAGUCGCCUUGACUCCGGAGCGUCCACUCCGACCACCACUUCACUGGGUGCCCACCGAAGAUCAGUUAUCCGACAUGAUGACUAAGCUUAUGAGGCCCGAUGACUGGUGGAGCGCCUGUGAAAGUGGUCGAAUCACGAUUCCGCUCAAGAGCUGA